GACUCUGAACUCUGGGCGAGAGUCUCUUUGUAGCUGGAGAUUGUCAGGGCUUUGGGGCAGGAAAUGGCUUUGCCACAAAUCUGGAGGAACAAACCCAAGGCUGCUCCACCACCCCACUAUUUUGAAGGGUUCCUAGAGAAGAAGAGUCCCCAGCAAAAGGAUUACAAGAAAUACUGGGCGGGUCUCCGAGGGCUUCAUCUCUAUUUCUACAACACCAACAAAGAUAUCCAGUACGUUGAGAAGAUUGACCUGGCUGACUUUGUCUCCCUCGCUGAUGACAACUCGCCUCGCUCUGCGGCCACCUUGUCUAUGGACAGAGCAAAGCUGAAUCUAAAACUGAGAAGCCAAGAGGUGAAAUUGAAGAUGGAGAGCCUGGAAUCCCGUGAAAUGUGGAAAGGUUUUAUCCUCACUAUGGUGGAGAUGAAAGUCCCUUCCAGACUAAAUUUGCUCCCUGGACACAUCUACAUGUUGUCUGAAGCACUUGAGAAGGAAAAGGAACGGCAAUCCAGGGUGGACCAGCCUGAUCUGAAAGAUGAGAAGGAGCUCCCAGACUGUUUCUUCAGGGUCUCCAGGACGGAGGCUGAAGUCCUUCUGGAGAAGAAUGAAAAUUGUGGCAAUAUGUUAUUGCGACCGGGAGGAGACGGCAAUAGAGUCUCAGUUACCACUCGGCAGAAGGUGAACGGGACGGUGUCUAUAAAGCACUACAAAGUCAACCUUGUUGGUGGAGAAUACAUCAUUGACGUUGAGGAGCAGUAUCACUGCUCUUCGCUGUCUGGUGUGGUGGAUUUCUUUGUAAGCAGAAGCAAGCGCAUCCUUGUACCGCUGUCUCUUGACGAGAGCUACGCAAUGACAUUAGAGAUCAUGGAGACAGACAAAGAAAGCGGAGAGAGUGCCCUGGUGGCCCCCCGGAAGCCGAAUAUCCCACUACGACUCCCAAAAGCAGCAGGUAUGCCUGGAGAAGAACAGGUCUUCCUACCCCCUCGAUGCCGGCCUCCUCCUCUACCAGUCUUCCCAGUCCAGCCCACACUUAAAGCACGGACCGCCCUGCCGGAGAAUGUGUAUGAGGAAGACGACGCACCAGACGAGACGUAUGUGAAUGAUGAAGAUGUUGCUGAGAUGAGAAAGAGCAAGCCAGCCAGAGAGUCCAAACACAUCCCUGCGCUUGCAGCUCCCAAGAAAUCUUCCAGCGGACCUGGCCAGAGGAGAACAAUGGAAGGCUACAACUCUUGCCUGGCCAUGCCAUUACCCAGAAAUUUUCCCACUGGGAUAGCCGAGGAAUUGGAACGCAAACUCCAGGAACGGAGAGCCACCCUCCAAGACUGAGGCAAUUGCAUCUCUUGCCAAGACGCUGGGGAAGAGGUGAGGAAAGGACAGAGAUGGCUGGUGACCCGCCCCAAAGCUGCCAGCCAGAGUUUUACCUGGAAUCUUUGUGUCAGCCUCUCAGUCAGUCUCUGCCACUUGUCUCAUUGCGAUCUUGGAUUCCGAAGAGAUUCUGUCGGUACAUGCCAGACUGCGGGCAUAUAGUCCAACAUGGGUAGCGAUGCCGGAAGUAUUAAACUCCCUGCCUCUGCCAGCCCUAUUUCUUGUUAAAGAUACUGGAUGGAAUCUUAUAGGCUAAAACCUGCCCAUCUGAGGCCUGCCUGAGCUCAAGCUUCAGGAGGAAAAGGUGGCAGUUGAUGGCGGCAGUUGGGAGGGACAGGAAAAGCCUUUUCGCCUGUCAGAGAAAAGGACCUUAUAUUGGGGGUGUGGGGAUCUUUCUCUAUCCUGAGGGCCACACUACCUUCUAUGGGGCCACACAGCAGUGGUGGGCAGGGCCAGUGGCAAAAGUGGGUGGAGGAAUGCAUGCACAUUUCAAUGCAUGCAUAUUUCUACACAUGCUCACACACUCCUCUCUGCCCUCCAUCAGGGCGAGCCAGAGUUCGAGGAAACAUUCCUGACUCGAGGAGGGUGCAAAACAAGGCCACAAGGGGAUGUGGCCUGGGAACAGUCCCAAGGGCCAUAUAGAGAGGUUUGGAGGGCCACAUUCAGCCUGAUGUUCCCCAGCACCACUGAGGUGGAGAAGCCAUGAGCAAGGGUCUAGCAGAAAUAUGAGGGAGAUCUGGUCAUUGGGAGGCUGUAGACCAUGGCACUUAGGAGGGUGGGGGAAGCUACCAAUUUGGGGACCUAAAAUGCCCCUACUGAUGUGAGGCAACCAGCCGGGAUCUUUAGCUGCAGGUUUUCAAGGACCGGUUAAUGUGUAAAUAGAGGAUUCCCUUGCAGCACGAUCCUGUGCGUUUACUCAGGCGUAGGGAAUGGAACGAAUUUCAGUUCUCAUUUUUUAAGUUUCCAUAGAAACUUUUCUUAGACAUUUUUUGCAUUCCACCGGGAACAGUUUUUGUUUUUUUUUGGGGGGGGGAAGUGGCUUGGAUUUGCUCUCACAGAAGGAACCCGUAAAGCCGACAAGAGACACAGCUGAUGUGAGGGCUAUGCGGAAAUCGAAAAUUUAUUGUUAAGGCCAGAAGUUGGUUGCGUGGCAUCAAUUAAUUUUUGAAAAAACAACGUGGCCAGUGUCUGCAUGUUGGUAACCAAGAGCGCAGCGUUCGAGGGUCGCAUCCGGGCUCUUACAAUGCAGCAAUUUGCAAUUGUAACCUCAUGAAAAUUCUUCAGCAUUUCAGUGCGGAUUUCUCCUAAUAAACCCAUGUUUGUGUGC